AAGCCUUUUGAUUCUGAAUUAUGCUGGAUGUCGCUCUUUAAAAUUUCCUGUAAUGCAAUACUAUGGGGUAAAAAUACGAUGUUGGUUCAGUGUUGGAGAAAUGUUUGAAACUCCACUGCCUAAAGCAGUGCCACAUAUUUAGCUUGCUUGCCGGGGACGAGAUGUAAUAUAUGAAACCGAAAUGCAAGAAGAUGUUGAUUUUGGGUUGGAUUCAGUCAUUCAUGCAAGUAAAGGAGAUUUAAUUGAAGCAAGGUUGGCUAGAAUUCAAACAGUGUGCAGCAGCUGAGCUUCUUGUAAAGGUUGCUGAGUUUUCAGUGCUGUGGAAGAGCGUCUGCCUUUAUUUCUCACCGUUAGAGACACUCAUGGCUAUUCAGACUUGCGGGAGGCAUUCCUGCGAUCAUGAUUUUUGCUGCUGGACAUUUCUAACUUCCUAGGCUUAAUAGCCUUGGUGCACUAAUGACUGGAAUGCUGCUUGUCACUUCAGCUAUUUCUGCUUAUCUACAGCUCCUGAUGGUGACCGUAUCGCAUGUGGCAGUGCUUGCUAUGAUUGCCUUAAGCUUUCUCUGCAGAUUGUGAGUUUUUAACCAGCUCAGAUUCAUUCCAACCUAGGACCACUUUAUUGUAUUUCAAAAAGGAAGAAUGGCCCGUCGUUUGCGAUUGCAUUUUGCAACCAGGAGGAGCAACACUGACCCACUGUCUGAAACUUCGGGAGAGGGCUUGGAGAGUAACAUUUGUAUGACAGUUGAGACUGUACCAGUAAAUGUGAGAAAGAAUGUUCACCAAGUGACUACACAUGAACCCAUGGUGGUGCAGACAGCAUCACAGGGUGAACGUAUCCUACAGCGCAGUUCUUCAUUGUUUAUACCACAGGUUAGUAACAAUGAUCAUCACCGCAAAAAAAGCUCCACGUUGCAAAUAUCACUGCAGUCCAAACAAUCCAGAGGACAGUGUGAACCUAGUACUCGUACCAGCAACAAUGGCAGUGAGGGUGGUUCAUGCAAUGCUGAUAUUUCUUUUGACCAAGAGCUUUUAGAAUGUGUGGUGGGGUCCACCAAAGCAUCGGUAAAGUUGAGGAAAUCGAAGGUGCCGUUGAGACGUUGUUCAUCACUGGUGAUAUUUCCUCAGAGUCCAUGUAGCACUCCGCCAGCUACACCAACAAGCCCAGAUCCUUUUACAAGUGCAAGUAACAAUCCCACAUUAAAUAGAUUCCUUCCUUGCCCCCAUGAACCAAAUCAAGAUGAAGAUCAGGCUGUGUCUAAAUUCAAAGAAGCAAGCGCAUGUUUUGUUGCAACAGCAGUUAAUGGACUGCGUUUGUCUAACCCAAUUUGUGCUUCUACUGAAAUUAGAGACAUUAAGUCACUUCAUUGCAAUGGACAGCAACCUGGCAAAAAUCGAGCAAUAGAUUAUGGUGAGGACGAAGCAGAGUCUUGGGGGAAGGUGAAGAAACUGCAAAGACCUUCAAAUCACAUUCUGCACUUAAAUUACCAAAGAGCUCAUGUAUUUGGAACAGAGACCAAGGAAGGACAAAUUCAGCCUGAGUCGUUCAUGAAGGAGUUUAAGCAGAGUUCUUUAAAUGCUGGACAUACACAUCAUCCUAACAAGUUAAUAAGGAGCACCUCUGUAUGUUUACCUUCAUUCAAUGGUGUGAUAGAAAGGGAAAUUAUAAAUGAUCAAAAUAAACGUCCGAUCUUUCAAAGGAGCCAUUCGCUUGAAGUUCCCUGUCAGUUGGUUUCCAGUUAUCACUCGAAACCUAAGCAAUCAAAGGUUGGGAUCCCUCAUUUACAAAUCCAUGUAGCUCCCAGAUCAGAGCAAAAGAGCUUUAAUUCUGUGGAGGAAGUGACUGGAACUGUUUGGGGACAUAAGUGCAAGACCAGGGAUGAUUUUCUGGGCUUGGUGGAUAUUCCCCUUCAACAUAUCCCGACUGAAAAUCCAAACCAGGAGAGACCAUAUACAUUCAAGGAUUUCAUCCUUCAUCCGAGAAGUCAUAAGUCUAGGGUUAAAGGACACCUUCGAUUAAAGAUGACCUAUUUGCCAAAAAGUAAUGCUUCUGAAGAAGAUAGCACAGAGCAAACUGAUGAAUUGGAGCCUGGCUGGGAACUUCUGGACCAACAGAGUGUGACUGUCCAUAGCCAACCUCCCCCAGCAUUACCCAGUGGGUGGGAAGAGAAGCAGGAUAAUCUGGGAAGAACUUACUUUGUCAACCACGAAACCAGAACAACGCAGUGGAUUCGACCAAGUUCUCAGGACACUGCAUCAGACAUAAAUCGUUGUCGAAAUAACAUCCAGCUGGAGGCACAGCGUGUAUAUAGUACACGGAGACAGAUAUCAGAAGAAACAGAAACUUCUGAAAGCAACAGAGAUUCUCCAGAUCAGAGCUGGGAAAUUAUAACUGACGAUGAAACUGUGUUUGGGAACUGCAACCCUCAGUCACCCCCACCUCCCCACACACCUACGGGACAGAAUGCAGGUUUUGACUUGCAAAAUCAGCUCGCAGAGGAACUUAGUCGGCGUUUUCAGGCAUCUGGGUGCACAGUUACAGAUCGUCGCAGCUCCUGCUCAAGUCAUUCCAGUAGACGGGGAAGUUCACAAACUACUAUGGAAGAACAGCCAGUGCUGCCGGUUAUUUUACCCACUUCAACAGGAUUGCCUCCUGGCUGGGAACUAAAGAAGGAUGACAAGGGAAGAGCUUAUUAUGUCAACCACAAUAACCGAACCACCAGUUGGACGCGACCUGUUAUGCAGACCACUAGUGAGGCAGUACAACCAAAACCCUGUCGGAGUCCCACAGCGUAUCUUCCUCCGACAGCAUCUCCUCAAGAUUCUCCACAAAAUUCCCCAGGCCAACAAAGGAAAUAUGAUUUGGGCUUUCUCCCCCCAGGCUGGGAAGUCCGACAUGCAAGCAAUGGUAGACAUUUCUUCAUUGAUCACAACACCAAAACGACAACAUGGGAGGACCCAAGAUUAAAAAUUCCAGUUCAUAUGAGGCAUCGGCCAUCUUUAGAUCCUUCAGACCUUGGGCCACUUCCUCCUGGCUGGGAGGAGAGAAUUCACUCAGACGGUAGAAUUUUCUACAUCGACCAUAAUUCUAAAGUUACCCAGUGGGAGGAUCCUCGUUUACAGAAUGUAGCCAUCACUGGACCUGCUGUGCCUUACUCAAGAGAUUACAAACAGAAGUAUGAUUAUUUCAGGAAAAAGCUGAGGAAGCCUUCAGAUGGUCCAAAUCGAUUUGAAAUGAAGCUACGUCGUAAUGCAAUCUUAGAAGAUUCCUACAGAAAAAUAAUGUCUGUGAAGAGAGUGGAAUUCCUUAAAGCCAGACUGUGGAUUGAGUUUGAUUCUGAAAAAGGAUUGGAUUAUGGUGGUGUUGCCAGGGAAUGGUUUUUUCUCCUCUCUAAGGAGAUGUUCAAUCCUUAUUAUGGAUUGUUUGAAUAUUCUGCCACGGACAAUUACACCUUACAGAUAAAUCCAAACUCUGGACUUUGCAAUGAGGAGCAUUUAUCUUACUUCAAGUUCAUAGGCCGUGUAGCUGGAAUGGCCGUUUACCAUGGAAAAUUAUUAGAUGGGUUUUUCAUCAGACCAUUGUAUAAGAUGAUGCUUCAGAAGCCAAUUACACUGCAAGAUAUGGAGUCAGUGGACAGCGAGUAUUACAACUCACUAAUGUGGAUUCUUGAAAAUGAUCCAACUGAUUUGGAUCUUCGAUUUGUGGUUGAUGAAGAGUUGUUUGGUCAGACUCAACAACAUGAACUAAAACCUGAUGGAUCAGAAAUAUUGGUUACCAACAAAAACAAGAAAGAAUACAUUCACCUUGUGAUGCAGUGGAGGUUUGUCAAUCGCAUCCAGGAGCAAAUGAAUUCUUUUAAGGAGGGCUUUUUUGAACUGAUCCCACAAGAUCUCAUAAAAAUAUUUGAUGAGAAUGAAUUGGAGCUAUUAAUGUGUGGACUAGGGGAUGUAGAUGUCAACGACUGGAGGGAGAAUACAAAGUACAAAAAUGGAUACAAUGCAAACCAUCCGGUCAUACAAUGGUUUUGGAAGACAGUGCUGUUAAUGGAUUCAGAAAAGCGUAUUCGAUUCCUGCAGUUUGUGACUGGUACUUCACGGGUACCUAUGAAUGGAUUUGCUGAAUUGUAUGGAUCAAAUGGACCACAGUUAUUUACUAUUGAACAGUGGGGAACUCCAGAGAAAUUACCAAGAGCUCACACAUGUUUCAAUCGUCUCGAUUUGCCACCUUAUGAAUCAUUUGAAGAAUUGCGGGAGAAGCUUAACCUAGCAAUUGAGAACACUGAAGGUUUUGAUGGAGUCGAUUGAGUGACCAAAGCUGGCUGAUUUAGUGUAAUCACAUCAUCCAGCGAGUGUGCUGAAAUGUGAAGCAAAGUAUCUAGAAAUGGAGUUUUGAGAUUAAGUCUUACUUGUAGGGAAAUGUCUCUUUUUAUUAAACUAAUGAAGCACAAACAGACUAAGUAUGCAGUAACACUACCAUCAGUUCCCUGAACUCGCAUUUUCAGAGCUGAGAUGAGAAGUAUUUUUCUUAUAGACUGGUUGAAUAUGGCUAAUUUGCCUGGACGUGCUUGUUGUACCAACUAAUAAAAUAUGGUUUAAAUGCAGGCAAUGAAUCAAAAAUCCCAUUUAAUUCAGUGACCUCACAAUGCAGGCUUCUGAUGUUUAAUAUUGUUCAGUAUCUAUUCUGUACAGCACUAAUUAUCACAUCCUUAAUUAGGAAUGUGCAUAUAAGAUCUAACAACCUAGCUCCCUUGUCACUGUCACUCAAUUGUGCAUUUUUCCCAGUCUGUGUGCCAAGUCAGGCUGGUUUGCUGUAUUGAAUCACUGCAGUUUUAUCACUGUGUCGUUCUUACGUUGGUAACCGCCUGGAUAAACUAAUAUGUAGCAUAAUGUUAAAUUUAAUCAAUAGUGAUUUCAUAUGAGAGUUAAAAUUGAUAGCUUAAAGAACUCUAAUAAACAACUGAAAAGUUAAUUCUGUAAAAUAACUUGGAAGAUUACUCAAAUGUGAAUUUAGAAGAGGGUAAACUCAAAUGCAUGGAAGUCAGUCUGGGUAGAUGAAGUUCUAGUGCCAAAUUCAAGCUUUGAAAUUUAAUUUUAUCACGCUAUAAAAUUCGCAUUGAACUGUGUGUUUAUUUGUGAAACUUUUUUCAUUGCUAUAAUAGCAUCUCUCAAAAUGUGAUCACGAAUAAUAAGAGUUUAAUUAUUAAUAUUUUCAGAAACCACUUCUAUUCUUCACUUGACCAUUAAUCUUUCAUUUCAAAAAUUCCAAAAGCUGUACUUAAUACUUCACAGAUCUUGGCUUUUGAAUUUAUGCUUGAAAGCUUACACAAUUACAAUGGUUUGUCCAAAUUGAUACAAAGAGAAUGAAAGGAGCCUGCUGAAGAUUCGCUCGGUCUGCUUUGUCCACAUUGUGGAAGACAACAUUUUAAAGACCGUAAAGAAAUCAGAAAAGCUAACUUGUAUCAGUGAAUGGAAAGUCUAUGUUCUCACAGACAGUAUUUUUCAUAGUGAAAGGUGGAAUCUAUAAGUUGGGUUUUUUUUGAAAACGGCAACAUACAUCUGUGGUGGAACAGUGAAAUAUACUUGCCAUUUUUUUGAAAAUCCCAAAACAAAAAAUUAAUCUUUAUAAAGUGGCAGCAGUUAUUGGACCUUAUCUGUGAAAAUACAAACGUUUACACUUUAGGAAAGAAAGGUUUAUGGUCAGCUGAAUCCAAUAGCUAAACUUAAAUUUUCUUAAGUGUCCAUUAUCAAGGUGGUUAUAAGGAGGAAUACCCAUGCAGUCAAAUUGGAAUUUUUGAAAAAUGGUGGUUUUAACAAGGGUUUUACAUUGAAAGAUGUUAAUCCUGUUGAUACCAAGAAUGGACUUGAAUAUUGUUACAAUUGAUCUUCAUUACUUUUUUUCUGAGAAUGAUAAAAUUGCCUCUCUUCAACCGUAGCUUGGAAUGUAUGUCAGUUAUUAGAGAAUGUGUGUAAAUAUUACAAAAUAUAGUAAUUCCAAAUUGUACAUAUUCUUUAAAUUAUAUUUGUGUUCUGCACAAUAUAUAUUCACCUCAGAUUUGUAAAUAACUUCUGAAAAUAAUCCACUAACUUUUAUAGUUGCUAUAUUAUAAAAGAUGAUGCAUGCAAUGUUAUCUUUCAUCUUUAAGGUUAUAAUUUAGAAUUGAAUUUGCAACAAGAAAGCAGACUGGGUGGAAACAAUUCUGUAAAUACAUACAAUGCACUUCUAAUUAAAUGAAUGAAAUUCAUCUGAAGGAGGAAUUUCGUGAGAAACACUGGGAAGUUGGCGGACAAAGCCUAUUUGUAAUAAAAUAGCCUUUUUGGUGCAA